AUGAAGGCUUCGGUGAUUGUGUCCCUGCUCCUGUGUGCGGUGGCGUGCACCGUCCAGGUGAGAGCGGAGGUGAAGGCGGUGAAGCUGUGUGGUCGAGAGUUCCUGAGAGCCGUGGUCUACACCUGCGGAGGCUCCCGCUGGAGGAGAGUCCUCACCGAGUCAGACGUGGACGCUCCGCCGACAGGGGAGGAGAGCAGCCUGGAGACCGAGAGCAGCAGCAGCUCCUCCACCGCUGGGCUCACCAGACGAGACAUGAAUAACAUACUGACCACCGUGUGCUGCCAGAUGGGCUGCAGGAAGAGUGACCUGACCUUCCUCUGCUGA